AUGGCCGUCACUAAUCUCCUUCGAUCCCUGUUCGGGCCGGCUAACAUAUCCAACGCUGAGGAGAAGGAGGUCAAGUUGCAGGAUGUGAGCCCAGAGGACUACCCGACCCCUCAGAAGUACCUCGAGGGUGCCCCCAUUCCAAGCUGGUACUCCUUCCAGAGUAACUUGGUAGGGGAUAUGGACUUGAAACCAGGUAUGGCCCGCAUGCUAGAGGUCGACAAGAGGCUUACUGUUCCUACACGGACCCACAUAAGAUUUCUAAUCACAGGAGCUGACGUUAUUCAUUCAUGGUCAGUACCAUCGCUGGGCAUCAAAUGUGAUGCUACACCCGGCCGGUUGGUGAAGAUCAACACCUUCAUACAGCGUGAAGGCGUCUUCUAUGGUCAGUGUUCGGAGCUCUGUGGGACCCUACAUGCGUUCAUGCCCAUCGUGGUCGAGGCGGUUAGUCCGGAGGCUUUCGCUGCUCAUGCUAAGAAGUGGUAUAAGGACUAG